GACUACCGCGCCGGCGUGCACCGGUGAUAGCGCGAUGGCGGCGCUCGCCGGCUUCGCGCCGCCCAAGAAACUGGCCGGCUUCGCGGACGCGAAGAAGCAGCUCAAGGGCUUCGCCGACGCCGCGCCGGCGAAAUCCGCGGCUGCGCCGCUCACGAGCGCCGCAGCCGCGGCGCCCACACCCGCCGCGGCGCCGCUCAAGGGCUUCGCCGCGGCGAAGCCCGCGCCGCUCCAGGGCUUCGCCGCGGCGAGGCCCGCGCCGCGUUCCGCGGCGCCGUCGCGGUCGAUCCCGCCCGGGCGCGUCGGCGGCCUCGUGCCUCGGGGCGUGCCGCUGACGAAAUCCAUCGGCGCCGGCGGCGCCGCGCGCCGGACCAUGCUCGCGGAGCCGACGGUCGCGUCGGGCGUCUGCGACGGCUGCGGGUGGCGCGAGUGCCAGUGCGCGCACGCCAAGGUCGCGAAACUCGUCGGCCCGCCGCUCCCCGCGGACGCGCGGUGCCGCGUCUGCUUCGAGGGCCCCGAGGACUCCGACGAGCCCCUCGUGUCGCCCUGCGCGUGCCGCGGCGACUCCAAGUACGCGCACGCGAGUUGUCUCGCGGCGUGGGCCGAGGCCGCGUCGCGGCGCGGCGGCGCGCAGUCCUACAAGUGCCCGACGUGCAAGACGCGCUACUUCGGCGCGACGGCCGUCGCCCUCGCGGUGCAGCGCGUGGAUCUAGAGCUGGACCGGCCCGCCGCGCCCGCGGACGACGGCGAUUUGACGAACGUCGAGGCCGCCGUCUACAACAUGAAGGUCGUCUGCGCCUACGAGGACGUCGCCUUGGACGCGGCGCUGCUCAAGCGCUACCUGAACCGCGCGACGCGCGCGGCCCGCGCGCCGGAGGUGCUCGCGGUCCUCGCGCGGCUCGACGGCGGCCGCGGGCCCGGCGGCGGCGGCGACCGGCCCGACGAGCGGGCGCUCGCGGCCGAGGUCGCGGCCGCGGACCCGAAGACGUCCGCGGACGAGCUCGACCUCGCGUCCAAGCGCCACGUCCUGUCCAUGCUCGUCGUCGAGCGCUGCGUCCUCGCGCGCGAGGACGCGGGGGGCGUCGCGUCCGCGCGCGACGAGCGCCGCUACCUCGACGACGCGGAGAAGGCCAAGGCCCUCGCGGCCGCGGCCCUCGCGACGUGCCGCCGCAUCCUCGGGCCGUCGCACCCGGACACGGGCAAGUACCUCCGCUUCUUCGGCCAGAUCUCCAUGGUCUGCCGCUUCCUCGGGGACAACGUCGCCACGCGCGCGAAGCGCGAGGCCGCCGUCGAGCGGCUCCGCGGCUAGGGGCGUCUUUUGCUGUUACGGGGGCCGUCGCCGCGCGCGCGCGGUCGCCUCGUUGAUCGCGGAGAUGUAGAAGUAGCCGGUC